UAGAUCAUUUCCGGGAUUGGUUCAUUCUAAUCGCGAGCCCUACCAGGAAAGAACUCUCAGUUGACAGCGGUGUUCGGGUGCCGCAUACAUUUCAGAUAGUAGACAAAUGUCAACUAAGAGUAACAACAGAUUUAAACGAGACGUGUUUUACUCUUUGCGACACUUGGGACGCACGCACACCGAACAGUAAAACGGUGAUAUGUGGUAGCAGGCAGCAGUAUGCCAUACGUGGACAGGCAGAACCGUGUGUGUGGCUUCCUGGACAUUGAGGAGAAGGAGGGCAGCAGUCGCUUCCAGAGACGCUACUUCAUACUGGACACACAGGGAAACACACUGCAGUGGUACAUGGACAACCCCCAGAACCUGCCUAGUGGAGCGAACGCAGUUGGGAUUCUGCAGCUGACAUACAUCUCCAAGGUGAGCGAGGCCACGGGGAAACAGAAGUCCAAGACUGAGUUCUGCUUUGUGAUCAAUGCAGUGUCUCGGCGUUAUUUCCUCCAUGCCAACGAUGCUGCUGACCUGAAAGACUGGGUCCUCGCUCUGAACAAAGCUACCAAGAUCACUGUCCCUAAAGCAGGGCUUCUCCAGCACAGAUCAGAGGUUUCUACAGUAACCGGUGAGGCAGGGGGUAAGAGGCUGGCCUACAAGACUGAGAUCAUCGGGGGAGUGGUGGUGCACACACCCAUCUACCAGAAUGAGGGGGAGGAAAUGGAGGUAGGGGACAGGAGGGUCUCCUCUGUAGGCAGUAGACCAGGUGUACUGAGGUGUGGCUAUUGUGUCAAACAGGGUAACGUGAGGAAAAGCUGGAAGAGACGUUUCUUCACACUGGACCACAACGCUGUCAGUUACUACAAGUGUGAGAUGGAUAAGGAGCCUCUGAGAGCUGUUCCUCUGAGAGACAUUCAGAAGGUCCAUGAGUGUCUGGUGAAAUCUGGGGAUCUGCUGAUGAGAGAUAACCUGUUUGAGAUCAUCACCAGCUCCAGGGUCUUCUACGUCCAGACAGACACUCCAGAGGACAUGCAGGGCUGGAUCAGAGACAUUGAGUUGAAGAUACAGGACUUCAGAGGCCCUGCCAAGGGUUCUGCAUUUACAUUUGCCUCCUCUCUGUAUCGCCAUGGUAACACCUCCCACCCACCCUCUGUGUUCCGUGGUCGCCAGGGAGAUGACAGGAGACCCCCACUAGUGAAGUCGUGUUCCGUGGCCCCGGGGUGGCAGCCCUGGACCCCUGUACCCCAAAGAGAGGCUCCCGCUCUGGGCACACUGGACAAGGACAGUCCCUUUAGCAAUCUGCCCUCCAGUCUUUCCUCUCGCUCCACCUCUUCCUCCACCUCCUCAUCUUCAUCCUCCCCCUCCACUCCCACUCUCAUCCCACAGGGGGUCCCAGCUCCAGCCCUAGCCAGUGGUGUGGGGGUCCCAGACUGCCCUGGCCCCAUAGCUCCAGACCCCUCCAGCAGCCGGAGGAGACACCGCUCUCAGCCUCAGCCCCCCAAAGACCGCAGCUUCCCUUUCAGCCUGGACCAUGAUGGCAUCCGCACCACCGACGUUUAGAACCACCGACGUCUAGAACCAACCACGUCUAAAAUCAACCACUUCUAGAACCAACCACGUCUAGAAUCAACCACUUCUAGAACCAACCACGUCUAGAAUCAACCACGUCUAGAACCAACCACGUCUAGAAUCAACCACUUCUAGAAUCAACCACGUCUAAAAUCAACCACGUCUAGAACCAACCACUUCUAGAAUCAACCACGUCUAGAACCAACCACGUCUAGAACCAACCACGUCUAGAAUCAACCACGUCUAAAAUCAACCACGUCUAGAACCAACCACGUCUAGAAUCAACCACGUCUAGAAUCAACCACGUCUAGAAUCAACCACGUCUAGAAUCAACCACGUCUAGAAUCAACCACUUCUAGAAUCAACCACUUCUAGAAUCAACCACGUCUAGAAUCAACCACUUCUAGAAUCAACAAAACUCUGCAUCCAACAAUAUAUAGAACCACCAUCUAGAACCAAUGUGUAGACAAACAAUGACACUUGUUUGAGUGCUUUCUACCGUUGAAAGACUGAACCUCCCUCCCCCACCCCCUUCUCCUCUGCUCUAAGAGUUUCACAGGCCUGCUGCUGAAACUACAUCUGCUGUGGGUCUGUUUGCUGAAGUAGCCCUGGUGGGGGAGGGUAGUGAUGUAAACUGGGGUUCCUGGAUGCGUUCUCUCACUGAGGGGUGUGUCAGUAGUGGCUGUGGGCUUUUUGUAUAGAGGGUGACUCAGAGAGAGCAGUGUUGGGCAGACUGGGAGGGGUUAUCAGUAUUAGUGUCUGGUGGAAUGUGAAGGAUAUGUUAUAUUUUAUUGUACGAUUUCCUCUUUAAACUUGAAUGUAGUCCACCCAGGUACUGAUAUGAAGGAAGGUGGAUGCUGUGGUGGAGCCUGGUCUUGUCUACCGAACACCCUCCACUAGUAUAAGUCAGCUGGUCUUUUGCUUGUAUUAACCAAGGUUAUGUCCCAAUUGGCACCCACUAUGGGUCCUGGUCAAAAGUAGUACACUAUAUAAUGAAUAUGGUGCCACUGCCAAUUGGGACCGAACCCAAGGGUCCCAUUCAAUCAAUAACCUGGUCAUGGAACGUGUUAGUGUCCGUGGCUCUGCCUGUCGGUAGACAGUCCUGUUCCCUUGUUAGACUGCAUCCAAUUGCGUCAAAUCGCGACAUCAGCAGCACAUUUUGUAUAUACGCUUUUAGCGUAUUUCUGCAUGUUCUUCCACAAACGGGAUUCUCUUGCUCAAAUGCAAAUGAUCUACUAUGGUAAUGUGUCAUGUCACAUGUUGUGUUUUGCCUGCCUGCACCUCACCGACCCAGGUCCAGGUGUGCUUUUCCCCUUCUCUUUAAACUUAACCUGUCAUGUUUCUGAUUCUUUACAUAGACUCCUGUUAUAAAUCACAAACAUCAAUAUCUGCUUUGUGUGCGUGUGUGUGUCAGACAUCGGUUCAAACAUUUUAAUGUUCAAUACAUUUGAAACAUGUAUUCAGAUAACCUUUAUUUGAAAAAAACAAGUAGUUGAAUAUUGGAAUGUAUUUGGACAUACACUUGGAAAGUAUUUGAAAAUACUCAAAUACACUCCCAUACAUUUAACCCAGGUAUUUGAAAAUAGUAUUUGAAAUAAGUAUUUAAAUAUACUUUUAAAAUACAAUUUGGUCGACCAUUUUGUUUUUUACAAAUACUCAAAUAAAAGUACCUGUUUUGGGCUGUAUUUGAAAAUACUGAAAUACACAGAAAUAACAAAUGCUCAAGUACACAUGUAUUUGAGUCCAGAGAGUGUGUGUGUCUCUGUGUGUGUUGAGUUCAUCAUGGUUGACUGGCUGGUCAAACAUUUUAGAGACAGGAUAAUGUUUGUUUUUAAGUUAAGGCAUCUUUGAUUUCUGUAUAUGCUCUUUUAGCAUUUUGCAGUACUGUCAUUCCAGAAAGAGAAUGGUUAAAUGCUAACGUCUGCUAUUUCUAAUUCAAUUUCAUGUAUUUUGCUCUUCUGGUUACUGUUUUCUCUGAUUAAUUCCUGUGGUACAGUAUUUCAGAUGUAAUGGACUGCCUUCUACCUCGUACCUGGUGUCCACUCACCUACCUGAUCAUAAUGGUGUUGUUGUUUUUUUUACUUGUAAGCAAGUGCAUUAAAUAAGACAAAAGCUUUUUA